AUCACAGUAAUCCUUAUGCACAUCGUCUUUGAUUCAGAAAAACCUAAGAAGCCUCUUGAAUUCCUUUCCUCGCGGCAACUUACAGCACUGAAGCACGGUUUAGGCAUCGGCCAUACUUAAGAAACGAAGACGAGAAAUCAUAGAAGGGCAAACACUUUGGAAGAAGGAGAGGAACCAGGAUCCCGCCGAGCGAGCUUCAGCACCCUGGCCUCCUGCAAGCUGCACAGCAUUUUACAUAUAUAACUUUGAAUAAAGCAGGCGCCUGCCGCGCAGAAGCAGCGGCGGGUUGCCAGGCGACUCGGCUCAAACUCGGCGUUCGCAGCCCGGCGCGCUAGGCAGCUGCAAGGGGAGGCUGCGUGGCUCUUCACCAUCUAGAGGUGUUCACCUGGCCGUUGCAUAGCAGCCAUGGCUGCUGGGGAGGUCACCACGGGGGACACGGGCGACUUCGCCAUCGGCGAGCGCGUGUUCGUGCCACAUGUGGACCGGCACUACGAGGCUAAGAUCCUCAAGGCCGAGUUCAAGGUAAAUGCGGACUACCCGGAGGGAGGCUGGUACUACUUCCUGCACUACAGCGGCUGGAACAAGAAGUACGACGAGUGGGUGGAGGCGGCGGGUCUGGUCAAGGCGGCGGACCUGGGCGGCGGCGCGGGGGCGGGCACGGCGGGGCCGCCGGCGAGUGCCGCCGUGGGCGGCAAGGGCGCGGCGGUCCCGCGCAAGCUGCCCAAGGAGCGGUUCGCGGCCGCCACCGGCGUGGUGGGCGCCAAGAAGGCUCGUGGCGGCCUGGCGGCAGACCUGGGCGCCAUCGGCGGCGCGGUGGUUGGCGGCGCGACGGUUGGCGGCGCCGCCGCCGGCGCGGCGGGCGCUGACGGCGGCACGGGCGGCGCGCCGCGGGGUCUUCAGUUGGAACUGGACAUCUCGCCCAUCCUGAAGAAGGCGCUGCUGGACGACUACGACGCGGUGGUGACAGACGGUCGACUGGUGCCGCUGCCGCGCACCCCCUGUGUGGCGGACCUGCUGCGGAGAUACGCCGAGCACACGUCGGAGGUGGCGGCCGCCGCGCACGUGAGCCAGGCGGGCGCGGGCAUUGCGGCAGAGGUGGCGGCGGGGCUGCGCGGCUACUUCGACAAGAGCGCCAUGGCGGUGCUGCUGUACAGGAGCGAGCGGCCGCAGGCCAUGGCGCUGCUGUCUGACGGGCGGCUGCCCUCCAGUGUGUACGGCGCAGAGCACCUGCUACGCCUGUUCGUGAAGCUGCCGGAGCUGCUGGCAGCUGCGGGCGCGGGCGGCAUGAGCGAGGAGGUGCUGGUGCAGACCGCCACCGCGGUGCAGGACAUGAUGGACUGGGUGGCUGAGAACCUCCACUCGCUCCUAGCGCCCAAGGAGAGCUACCUGGACCACUACGACUUCAUGGCCGGCCUCACGGGAGAGGUGGCGGAGGCGGUGGCGGCGGCGGGCUUCGCGGGAGCCGGACUCAACGGCGGGGGGCCGGGCGGCGCCGGGCCGGGCCUGCACGCGCCCGGGGCGGCGGGCCGCGCGGCGGCGGCGGCGGCGGCCGCGGCGGCGAGGGAGGCGGCGAAGGCGUGAGGCGGGCGGAGGCGAUGUGCGGGAAGCGGAGAGUGGGCGGGGUGGUGGAGCUGUUUUUGUGGGGAUUGGUUGGGCGUGGAGGUGUGGGAGGGGUGCGCGGUGUUGUGGCGGUGGGUGCUAUGCGUUGGGGCGGGAAGGGUUGGGCGCGCGGCUGUGGCCUGUGGGGGGUGGCCCGGGUGGCGUCGUCCAGGUCGCUGGUGGCGGACCAUUGUGUGCCUGUGCUGCAUUGCACAUGAGCAACACCGAGGCGGCGUAGUAGGAGGUGGUGGUGGUGGUGGUGGUGGCUGAAGCGCGGGUGGUGACACCGAUGGUGGCCGAGGGCGCGAGGGAUGGGACAGGGGCAGGGGCAGGUUUGCGUGGUGCCGUACCGCCUACACCCCAGCAAACACAACCUACUCGACGUUGCCGGUGUGGGGCGUCGGCCCUCGAUGAGCGCGCGGCUGGUAGGUGUCCGGAGUGACCGCACAGACUGCGGUCGCUGGCUUGCCGGCAGGCUGACGUGCAUUCCUCACGCUCAGAUCAGACAGGCCAGAGCGAUGGACCUUCCGCAUGUGUCUAUACUUGUUGUGUGUACGGUAUGAGUUGGAGGGCUAUCCAGGUUGCGGAGCGUAAAGCUUAAGAGCUACAUACGGCGAGUGGUGCACACGCAUUGAGCGAGUCAGGUGUCUGUUUUCCUGGCGUCGCCGUGGAUGCGUUUGAACCUCACGCCCACACACAUACACACACACGUGCGCCACACCCAUUGCGGGCCCAAGAUUGGACACGCCGACGACACGCUGCCGAAACACAACCUACUCGACAUCAAGCUCGACAUUGGUGUUGGGGCGUCGGCCCUCGUGCUUGAUGUAAUACUCCCCCAGC